AUGUCUGAAGACGGCCGCUCGUCUUCAGGCUCACGUGUGGGCCAUUAUCCACUGAACCAUACGCUUGUCGACGUGCCGUCAGGGGCACCGCGGCGGAGUGGCUCGAGCUCCGGCCGCUACUCGCGUCCAGGAAGUGCAGGCAGUGGGGGCAGUCAGACGUCCAAGCCUAUGCCAUUCACGCAGGCACGACCGUCGUCCAGUCGCCAAAGCAUGGAUGAGCCGCAUGAACCCGUGUCCGAAUCAUCGUCGGGAUUGCGGCAUGCAAUGCGGCAGGCGCGGCAUAUGUUCCCCUUUCGACGCACUCUGCCCAGUGACGAGUCCGAUUCGGGACACAAUUACGAGCGUACGUCACAACGCCAUGCUUCUUCAUCUAGCUCGCAUACGGGUACAGUCUCGUAUGCGUCAGAAACGCUAGAGUUACCGCCUCUUCAGCGGAACGAUAGCAAUACAUCUCACCAUUCACGUACCUCCAGCGGGGCAUCAGGUCAUACCACACCUUCUCGCACAGGCUCCCUUCAACGCAACAUCCGACCGUAUCCUGUGCAAGAGAUACCUGAACCUGCCAAUUCGUCGUCGGUCGAGGCUGUAGCGCCUGGACCGGCAUCGACAGCCCCUACCACGAUAACACCGUUCUCUAUACCACCCCCGCCACCGCCACCGCCACCCUCCGAGGCUGUACCUGACAAGCGCACGCUGUUUUUGCGGGCGCGCACGAAAAGCAUCGAUCAUAUGCAUCGCUUUCUUAAUCUGCGCAACCUGGCAAAAGAAGGGAAAGAGAAAAUGAAAGGGAAGAAGAAGAAGCAGGAAACGGCGGCCAUGAUACCUACCUCUGCGGCUCCCGAUGCGAGUACUACUUCGAUGGAGAUUUCGCCACCUGUGCAGCGAGAUCGUGCCGACUCUAAUGCAUCUUUAACCCUUCCUGCCAUGAGCGCGCUGCAGGAAGAACGUGGCGUCGUAAGUCCCUCUGCAGAUGAGAGUGUGACGGCCGACUUGGAUCCUGUAUCGAGCGCUGAGCCGCCACUAAGCAGUCAGAUCUUGUCUAGUGGCACAGGCGUGCAUGCAUCACCAGGGCUGCACCCUACCGCUCCCUCUCCACUCACACUUCGCAAUGGCCCAGGUACGAAUGGAGGCGCACCGAUGACGCCCUUGUCGAUUUCGCCGGCAGGCUCGUUGGUUAGCGGUCUAUCCACUUUGCCCAUGACGUCCACUGAUGUGUCUACACCACCUACGUCGUCUUCGGCACCGUUGGUCUUGGAUGAAGCGGAUACGAGUCUCUCCAAGCAGCUGCCUUCGGUACCUGCCUCCUUGUCUGUGUCGUCAUCCUCGUCGUCUUCCCCGUCGCUCACAUCCGCACCAGGGUCGCCCUCGACGUCGCCCCCUGUGCCUGCAACGGCGGAGACAGACGCGCCACCCAAAGGCGAGGCAGGUCCCUUCUUAUCUCCUUCUACCUCUACGGCAGGCGUUGUCGCUGCGGCCUCACCGGCGCACAGUCCCAUGAAGGCCGUGUCGUCUGCUUACUCCAUUACCUCGGCGGACACGCAAAACUCUUUGACGUCUCUGGCUACGGCGAAUGAAAUGGUCUCCGACUCGUUGUCGGCAAGUCCAGAGCGUGUCCGCCGCCGACGUUCCCGCAGCCUGCAAGGCGAUGUAUCCGCGACCUCUGCUUGGUCAUUACCACGUGGACCGAGCGUGGCAGAGGAUGUGGCGCAAGAAGCGGAUGAGGGUGAGACAGUAGUGCAUGCCACGUCUGCCUCCGAGCCUGCAGCAACCGAGACGGAUGGUUUCUCUGCCACAGCGGCCGAUGGCAGACUAGAGACGCCCAUGGAUGGCUCGACACCUCUGCGGUCAACGCCCACACACGGUAUGGCGUCGCAGAUGGAGUCGAUGGGCUUGCACUCUGAUACCGUGGCUGUACUUAUGCAGGACGAUAUGCUGAUCGAUCCUAAUUGGGAAGCCUGGCAUUCCAGUGCGCAGCCUACGCCGACGCUGGAACGAGGCGCGCAGGAUCUGCUGGACAAUCUAGGUCUAGACGACCUGGAGGUGGGGACACAUACGCACAGUCCCGUCUUGCCAUCGCCCGUGGAGGAGACGCAUGGCGACGAUGCAGGGAUCGUGCAUGGUGUCACGACUGAUAUGUCCGUGAUGAUUGUCCCGUCAGCCACCUCGCCCGCCUCCAAACACCUUCGAACGGAUUCACCUCAUCGUCAGCCCCUGUCGAAUGACGGCAUCUUCUCCGUAACCAGUGCGCCUCCCAUGUCAUCUCGUACCCCUCCCCCACCACCCUCGUUGACCGAGCAUGGGAAUCAGGAGGCUGUUAUGCCUCUUUCGACGAGUGCAUCCACGAGCCCGACCAAGACACAGGGUAGCGGUGGUCCGCGCACAUCGUCCUUGCGUGGCACGCAACGCUCGCCUUCGCCCACGCCCAAGGGUCCGAAAGCCGCAUUGUCUAUGGUGCCUGGUCGCACACCAUCACCCAAGCUGCCUGUGCCGAUGGCCCACACCUGCUCGGCCCCAGCCGCUGAAAAUUCUGGGCACACGGAUGGCAUCGAAAUCACCUCGUUGGCAGAUACUCGCACUCGGCCCAUUAACCGAAUCUUGGAACCUCUUAACAUCCGGGCAUUGGCCUCGACGACGACGUCCACGUCCUCGACGUUGACGAGUGAUCUGGAGCCAGACAGUGCGCCUGCCACGUUGCCCACGCCAUGGUCGAUGCGGUUCCGCUCGAAAGGGACGGAGACGCAGGAUCUCUCUUCUUCUACAACGUCAGGACCAUGGGCGCUGUCGGCUGGGAUUUCCCCAACACGCAGCUCGAUGGACGACGAGACGCAUUGGGCCCAGCCUCGACGUCCUUCGGAAGAUGAUCCAUUACGGGCCCGGCCGCCUUUACGUACCUCCAAGUCCUCCGGCUUGUUGUCUGUGAUGGCAUCACAAGCGCAUCGGAUCAAAAAGAAUGCACGUGAAGCAUGGCCGCCUGGCGGCGUAGACGACCUGGAGGCUCCCGUGGCUACGAGUGUAGAUGACGACGAUGCAUCUUGGCGCGGCCGAUCAAAGCUUACGCGGUCCGAUGGUACCGAUCUCCCUGCUGCUUCUCCAUCCAGCGCACAUGAAUUGUCUUCGACGACAAAAGAGCCGCCGAAGAGUGAUACCCCUACGCGGAUGUACCGAUCUCGUCGGAACAAGAGUCAGCCAACGCUGCGCAUUGUAGACGAUCGCGAGUUCUUGGAAGCCCUCGAGCAAGUGCGUAUGCAGCACAAGGAACGACUGGCCAAUCGAGAACGAGCCAAAUCGUCGCGCAAGGCCAGUAUGCCGAAUCUCCGACCCUCGCCUUCGUCUACGCGGCGUCCUCCUAUGCCCAGCUCUCGUGGCAACAGCCAGCACAAUAUUACGACAGCCGACAAUACCCCCCUUCGCUCUCGCGCUUCGUCCACAGGCAGUCGCGCUGAGCUGGAGCCAUUGCGUUUGGCCAACGUUGCCACCCCUGACAUUCAUACGUCCACACCGGAUGUAUCCACGAGUUUCCUGGAUCUCGACAGCGUUGGGUCCGAGUCGCCGACGUACGUCAGUGACGAUGACAGCAGCGUGCCUAUGCCUGGUGCAAGCCAGAUGUUUAGCAUUCUGUCACCUACCACAUCAUCCACCUUGCUCCCUGUGGACUCUACACACGGCGAGAACGUGGAUCAGGUGGAUGGUUCCGAGGGCCACUCGUUGUCGUCGGAUCACUCUGAACCGAUUGUCAAUGAGCUGGGUAUUGGACAUACAACAGGCAACGCACCCAGUGCGCCUUUUACGAACGACGAUGCAUGGAAGAAAGAAGUCAAAGCAUUGUUCUUGAUUCGUGAGUUGGUGCAAACGGAGCGAAGUUAUGCGGCCCAUUUGGAGAGCCUGUUGAUUGUAGUGCUCAAGUGGACGGGUACUACCUCCUCGACCAGGCUUACGACCAAUGUUCUGAUGCCAACGCAUCCUUCCUCGUCGUCCCAAUCGUCCGCCUCGUCCUUGUCCACGCCCCUUCGUGCUCAGACCAGCGCACCAGUACCGCCUCAUCUUCUUACCCUACGAAAAAUGCUCCCGCAACUUAUAUCUGUGAGCCGGACUUUGGUGUACAGUAUUGAAGAAAGUCCGACAAGUGAGGGCGUUGCUCAGGCCUUCUUAAGCUUACGUCCUCGCUUAGAAGAUGUGCAUAUGAGUUGGCAUGCUGUGGUAGGCUCUACGCUGCGUGCUUUGCGUAUCACUGAAUCCUCCAAGAGUAAGUCGAAGGGCCGGUUAGGACGUGUGCCUGUAGCGCCUACCAUGGUCGAACCGAUGCGCCGACCUCCUCGCUCGGAUCUGUCCUCGAGCGAAUCUACGUUGGACUCCGAGCGACGCGAUAAAUCGCGUGCCGAGCCUGCACCCAAGGAACUCAGUGCUGUCGAUGUGGCUAUUAUGCCAACGCAACGAAUCCCCCGCUAUGUGUUAAUGUUACGUGACCUAUUGUCACAUACCAGCCCUGAUACCGCGGCUUUCUCCGCGUUGGAAACGGCACUACAAUCUGUGCAAGAACUGGGCCGCCCAUCGCGCUGCUUUUCUUUCUGGCAGGAUUUCCGCAAGUGCUACAUUUCCUCGGACUCGCCGUCUGAGUGCUCGCUGCAGAAGGAUGACUACCUUGAAUGCUUGCACCAUACGAAGGAGCUUGAGCGCGCGCAUGCGCUGCAGAGCCGCAUGAUUGAGGUCCAGCAAGAAGAGUCGAAGCAAGCGCGUGAAAAGGCUAAGGUCAAUGGCCUGAGUGGUCUGCGUCUCGGCUUGAUUAACAUUGAUGAGAUGGAGUCGGACUCGAAGGACGAGCCUGCGAAGUCGGAGGACGGCCAGUCGGAGGACGGCCAAUCGGAGGACGGCCAGUCGAAGGACGAGCCUGAAGAGGCUGCACCUGACGCUGAGCAGGAGUCGGAGGAGGCGCCUGCGUCGGAAGACUCGUCGGGCGACGACAAGGACGAGGCCAAGGAGGACGAUGCGUAG